AUGCCUUCCCUCGCCACUCUCCUGCAACUCGCUACCUUGGCUGGUGUCGCAUUCGCGCUGCCGAGCAAUGUGACCGUCUCCCGCACGGAGACGGCGAAACGCGCGACGUGCACGGUCAACAGCGUGUCCAGUUCCAAGAACCUGAGCGGAUGCUCGAGUGUCGUCAUCCAGGGAUUUACUGUCCCCUCGGGCAACACGAUCACCAUCGCCGCAAGUGCUUUCCACAGCUGCUCGGGCGCAACGGUGACGAUGGCCGGAGAUGUCAUCUUCGCGAAGACGUCAACCGCCGGACCCCUUUUCACAUUCAACACCCCGGGAAUCGUGUUCAAUGGCGGAAACCACAAGAUUGACGGAAACGGUGCCUCCUAUUGGGAUGGGAAGGGCACCAACGGUGGUUCCUUCAAGCCUCACCCGUUCAUCAAGCUCAAGGGUUAUGGAUCGUUCACGUACCUUACUGUCUUGAACUCUCCGGCCCAGGCCGUCUCCGUCGGUACCUCCGGUGGCAAGGCCGUUAUCCAGCACGUCACCAUUGACAACUCGCUGGGUGACUCCAAGGGCGGGCACAACACCGACGCGUUCGACGUGAGCGCAUCGGACGUGACGAUCUCCGCGUGCACGGUGCGCAACCAGGACGACUGCCUCGCGCUCAACUCGGGGAACAACGUGCUCAUCGAGGACACGACGUGCGACGGCGGCCACGGGAUCUCCAUCGGCUCGAUCGCGUCGGGCAAGUCGGUCACGAACUUCAAGGCCGCGCGCAACACGAUCACGAACAGCAUGUACGGGCUGCGCAUCAAGGUGCAGGCGUCCGCGACGGGCGCCAAGGUCGCGGGCGUCAUCUACGAGGCCAACAAGAUCUCGGGCAUCACCGGAUACGGCGUGCUCAUCACGCAGAGCUACCCCGCGAACAACGGCACCCCCGGCAAAGGCGGGCCGAUCUCUGAUGUGCGGUUCACCGGGGGGACCACCAGCGUCUCGACGACGAGUAACGGGUACGGGCUGGUGAUUGACUGCGGCGCUUGCACCGGCACCUGGGACUUCUCCGGUCUGGAUAUCACGUCCAGCGGCAAGGGGCAUUCGCUUGCGCUUGAUAAGGCCAAGCUGUCCGGUGGUCACUAUUAAGCAACGAGAAAUUGUACCAGUAUAUUAAUAUAUUUCGCUUCCUA